CCGGUCGUGGGCGGGCCCGCCGCGUCAGCCGGCCAGCCCGCCUGCCGACCAAACACACAAACAAGGCGCGCACGGUGGAGUCGCCGAGGGAAGGCCGAGCGAGCGCGAGACGAGAGAGACCACACCAGACGAGGCGAGCGAGACCCAGGCUCCGCCGAGGGAGGCGAGGCGACGCGAUGCGGCGCGCGAGGCCGCCGCCGGGGCCGGGGCUGGAGGGCGAGGAGGUGAGGUACCGCGGGGUGCGGCGGCGCCCGUCGGGCCGGUACGCGGCCGAGAUCCGCGACCCGGCGAAGAAGACCCCGAUCUGGCUCGGCACCUUCGACUCCGCCGAGGCCGCCGCGCGCGCCUACGACGCCGCCGCCAGGAACCUCCGCGGCGCCGCCGCGCGCACCAACUUCCCCGCCUCCCCCGCCGCGGCGCCGCCGCGCGCGGCGCCCCCCGCCCCCGUCGCCGCGCCGGCGGCGAUGGCCGCGGCGGCCACGUCUAGCCACAGCAGCACGAUCGAGUCCUGGAGCGGCGGGAACGUCCCGCCCACCAGCGUCCUCUUCCGCGCCGCCGCAGCCGCGAUCGGCGCCCCGGCCGUCGAGGAGGACUGCCGCAGCUACUGCGGCUCCUCCUCGUCCGCGGUGUGCGAGGACGGCGCGUCGGGGGGCGCCGCCGCCGCCGCAGACGAGGCCGCCGCGCCGCCGCGCCCCUCCUCGUCCUCGCUGCCCUUCGAUCUGAACCUGCCGGACCCCGCGGCCGCCGCCGACGAGAUGGACUGGCGCUGCGACACGCUGCUCCGCCUCUGAUCGGCCUCCCGCCUGCUUCGGAUGCGUCACCUCCCUCCCCCUUCCCGCUCCCGGAUUAACCGCGGCGGCGCGGCUGCCUACUGCGAAGUGCUUCUUCUACUAUCUCGAUAGAAUUGGAUUUUUGGUCUCCGUUUUACUACCACUCAAGUUCUGAAUAUCUGAUACUCUGCCUUAUGUGAUAAUGUGAAUAAGCUCAUCAUCAUCAUAUCAUCAUGUAAUCCACGGGAAAUAGACUGAUAAUUUUGGCCAUCUUUCUCUGUUCUUACUUGUGUAUCAUCCACGGGCGGCGGCUGCUGCUGCUGCUGUUAUGUUGAUAUGGUAUGGAUUAAUUAGAUGCGUAAUGGAAGAAAUCAAGAGGAAAUUUACUUG